UACAGAGGUAGCAGUAUAGGAAACGAGGAAGAUGAAUCCUUUGAUGCCUGACUGCACUUUGAAGUGUCGAUCAUUGCGGCAUGCUUUAGAUGUUGUCUCCGUGGUGACCCGAGGAAGCGAAGGUCAGAUCAAGGCCUUCCUCACUACUCACUGCUACAAUGCAGCAACGUGCAGGGAUAUCUUCGGCCGGAAUGUGCUCCAUCUUGCCUCCUCCUGUGGUAAGAAAGGAGUGCUGGAGUGGCUGGCAGAAACGAAUGGAGUGGAUUUGCUGGCAAAAGACGAGGAGUCGGGAUGGACGGCUUUGCAUCGAGGCAUCUUCUAUGGGCAUGUAGAUUGUGCCUGGUCUCUAAUGAAGCAUGGUGUGAGCUUAUACAUACAGGAUAAGGAAGGAUUAUCUGCCUUGGAUCUCGUAAUGAAGGAUAGACCAAGCUAUGUUACUUUCAAGAAUACUGAUCCUACAGAUGUCUACACUUGGGGAAACAAUAUAAAUUUUACUUUGGGGCACAGUGGUCAACAGAGCAGACAUCAUCCUGAGUUGGUGGAUUACUUUCCUAGGAAUGGUAUUUACAUCAAACAGGUGGUGCUUUGUGAAUUUCACUCUGUGUUCCUGUCCCAGAAAGGAAAUGUUUAUACCUGUGGCCAUGGUCAAGGAGGUCGCUUGGGUCAUGGGGAUGAACAGACUUGCUUGAUCCCUAGACAGGUGGAAAGCCUGAUGGUUCAUCAGUGUUCUCAAGUAGCAGCAGCUAAAGAUCACACUGUUGUAUUAACGGAAGAUGGAUGUGUGUACACCUUUGGCCUGAAUACCUUUCAUCAGCUGGGUAUUCUUCCUCCGCCGCCUAACUGCAGUGUUCCCAGACAGGUUCAAGCAAAAAAUCUCAAAGGAAGAAUGGUGACUGGAGUAGCUGCAGGCAGAUUCCAUACAGUGCUGUGGACGAAAGAAGCAGUUUAUACAAUGGGACUGAAUGGCGGACAGCUAGGAUACUUGCUAGAUCCUAAUGGAGAAAAGUGUGUAAGUUCUCCUCGCCAAGUCUCUGCUCUGUAUCACAAAGACAUUACUAUAUCCUUUGUUACUGCAAGUGAUGGUGCCACAGUUUGUGUUACUGAAAGAGGAGAUAUCUAUUUGCUUGCUGACUAUCAGUGCAAGAAGUUGGCUUCCAAGCAACUAAACCUGAAAAAGGUUCUUGUUAGCGGAGGUUAUUUGGAAUACAGAGUUAACCCUCAACAUCUUAAGGAAAACGAAGGCCAGAGGAUCUGUAUUCUUGCCCUGGAUGAAGCUGGAAGAGUGUUUUGCUGGAAGUCUGCCAACAGUCCUAUGAAGCUGUGUCGGUGGGUCUACGGCCGCCAAGUCUGCGUUUCUGAUAUUUCCUUAAAUAAGCAUGAAUUGAUGUUUGUUACACAGGAGGGAGAAGCUUUCCGAGGAAAAUGGAUGGAUGGGAAUAAAAAUUCAGAAAAGAGAGAGAUUGUGUCAAACCUUCAGAAUUCCACAAAUGAGGUGGCCAUUAAUGAUACAAACAGUGUGUGUGAACGAAUACGGCUUGAGAAGCUUGCUUUUGUUCAUAGAGCUGUCAGUAUUACCACAGAUCCAAAUGGAUGCAACUUUGCGGUUUUGCAGUCAGACCCUAAAACAAGUCUCUAUGAAAUUCCAAAUGUGUCAUUGUCUAACUUCGCUGAGGAUUUUGGCAAAUUACUCAUGGAGGCGACAGUUACGGACACCAUCCAUGAUGUGACUUUUCAGGUUGGCACCAGAGUUUUUCCCGUGCACAAGUAUAUUUUGGCAAUGCGCUCUGACUUUUUCAGGAAGCUGUUCUUUUCAGAUCACGAUUGGCUAGAUCCUCCUGAUCUUUACCGUAAAGAUGAAGAUGAUGCUGGCUGUGAUCUGUUUGUGAUAGAAAAACUUCAUCCAGACUUGUUUAUGUACGUUCUGCAGUACAUAUACACAGACUCGUGUGAUCUCUUGAUUUACGGUCACACGCCCAAAAUGAUAUACAAAGAAAAAACAGAAGAAUAUCAAGACACCUUAAUUUCAAACUUUAAUAAAAUAACUCUUCAUGAAGAUAUUAAUAAGAAGUCUGCAUUUGAGGUUUACAGAAGUAACCAGGCACAGCUGGUAAAUGAAACGCAGAAGAGCAAACCAAAAUCGGCUUCUAAGAAAUGCAAAGAUGCUGGGGAAGAAGUGAAUCUCUUAAAAAUGUUACAAGGGGCAGCCAAGAAAUUUGGACUGGAGAGCCUAAGUUCAAGACUCGAUGGAGUCAGAAUGAAAAAUGGAAGAAUCAGUGUUGUCAGCAGAAAAAAUGGAAACAAACCAAAGCUGAACCAGAAAAAAUUCUCAUAUCUCUGUGAUGUGACCAUGAAGUCUAUAGAUGGAAAGGAAUUCCCAUGUCACAAAUGCAUACUCUGUGCAAGACUCGACUACUUCCAUAGUAUGCUUAGUAGCUCCUGGAUUGAGGCAUCACGUUCUGCAGCUCUGGAAAUGCCAUUCCCGUCUGAUAUCCUGCAGGUCAUCCUUGAUUAUAUUUAUACAGAUGAAACUGUUGCAGUAAAAGAAUCUCAGAAUGUGGAAUUUAUCUGCAGUGUCCUUGUGGUAGCAGACCAGCUCCUCAUGUUACGACUGAAAGAAAUCUGUGAGGUAGCCAUUACAGAAAAACUUACUUUAAAGAACGCUGCUGAGCUUCUGGAGUUUGCAGCAAUGUAUAAUGCUGAACAAUUGAAACAGUCUUGCUUUCAGUUCAUAGUACUAAAUAUGGCUGCGAUACUCGAGAUAAGGGCUUUGGAUGUUUUAAGCGAUGAUGUUUUGAAUGACCUUUCUGUGUCCUAUAGAAAAAUGAUUCCAGCUAUGGUCAGGAGAGUAAUUACUCCAUAUCAAGAUGGCCCUGAUAUCAGUUCGUUGGAGCCUGAGGAAGGAGAAACCUUUGUGUUCCUGAAAGAAGAACUAAGUACAGAGCAAGCUACUCAGGAAGCGCUUCUCAAAAAAGCAAAAGCUAAAGCUAAAAAGAAGCCUCGAAGACGGUCAGACAGCUCGGGAGGAUAUAAUUUAUCGGAUAUAAUUCAGAGUCCACCCUCCACAGGGCUUUUGAAACUGGAUAAAACGAACUCUGUUGAAUCCCUUCCUGAAAUGCUGACCUCUGAUUCUGAAGGUAGCUACGUGGGAGUGAAUAGUCCUCGAGAUUUGCAGUCUCCUGACUUCACAGUGGGAUUCCAUACAGAUAAGGUUGAGGUGAAGGAGAGGAUGUGUGUUUCCAGUACCAUCGUUCCACAUGUCAAUAAAGAGGUGAAAGUCAGUGAAGAAACAGCGUUGCAGAAAAAAUCACCACCGCGCUGCAUUCCUAAUAGCAGAAACACAUCGGCAAGCUCUUCCAAUUGGGUUGUCAGCUCUUUUAGUCCCGCCAGCCCUCCGGCUAUGGAUUUAAGAACCAUUAUGGAAAUCGAAGAAAACUUGCAAAAAUGUGGAACCAUGCCAAAGAUGAAUUCGGGUAGACCCACUUCUCAUGGGAGUAAGCUUUCUCAGAAGCAAAGGAAGCUGAUUGCCAUGGCUGCGAAGGACAGCGGUCCAGAGAUCUUGCCAGAUGCUGCCAUGCUGCCUGCCCAGCAAAAACCGGCAAAACCAGGGAACGUGUGGUCUACUUCAAUGCCUUCUGCUUUGCCAAAGCCAUUCCGUGAGCUCCUGGGCACAGAACAAAAAUCUUUCGGUGUGGGUACUAGUUCCAGAAAAACUUGGGUUAAAGAACUUGAGAUCGCACAAACUGCAAAGCCUCUAAGACGCACAACCACCGCUGACCUUGAGGUAGAAAAUGACCAUUCUUGUGAACCAAUACAGCCAGAGAGCCCAAAUCCAUGGUUAGCUACGUCCUUGCCAAGUCUCGCUGCAGCAACACCCAUCACGUUCGCAGAGAUUGUAGAGGAAGAGCUCCAGCAAGAAGCUGCUCUUAUCCGUACUAGAGAGAAGCUUUUAGCCUUGAUCCAGAUAGAAGAGCGUGCGAUUCAGGAUCUGUUAAUCCACUAUCGAGCGUUCGGCAACCCCGAUGAGUUUGUCGUUGUUGAAAGAUCUCCCCAGGGGCCAAUAGCAGCUCCCAUGUGGAACAAGCAUUAAUGAAGAAGGCUCCUUAUGAACUCUGAG